AUGGCGAUGACGUCCUUGGCUACAACUCGAAGAGAAACCUGUCCAGCAUCAUACUGCCCCGCCAAGCCUCAAUUUCUGCCCACAAUCAUUAGUGAAGGAACAUGCCCGGCUGACUGGAUCUUGGGCGACGAGGUCCCUGAUUGGGCUGUACAGCAACACGGCUGGUAUCCUACCAUCAAGAUGACCUCAUUGGAGAAGGCCUCCGCCGAAUGUCUGGAUCGGUCGACAGCCGGAUACAAUCUGAUGAAAGGAUUAGAAGAAGCAGAACGAAUAACGCAGGCUGUGAAUGCUGGCAUGGAGCUCUAUUUGUGGCUUUUACCGAGUGGUGGCGUCUAUGUAGAUCUCCGUUGA